CUCAGCUGCUUGGGGUGCACGUGACUCUGCUCUGCUCCCUUGACCGCACAGCCCGGGCUCCCCAGGCACGAGUGACCCCGGCUGCUCUGGGACCCCUCACCCACAGAUCCAACGAUGGCCUCUUGGGUUUUGAAGCUGCUUCCUCGGAAUGGCCGUUCCUUGGCCACAUCAGCAAUGAAACAGGGCAGUGAAGAUUAUCACCGUCACCUGGAAGCCUAUGGAUACUUUUUGCCCAUCCAGACAAGAUGGCAGGACAAUGACCAGUAUUGCCAUGUGAACAAUGUUGUGUACUACAGCUACUAUGAUACUAUCAUCAACCACUACCUGAUCAGGUACUGUGGCCUGAAAACCAGCUUGCUGGCAUCAUCCCUGGUGGGGUUCAUGGCGUCUAAUCAGUGCAACUUCCACUCCCCCAUCAGCUUCCCUCUGAUUCCAGUGGCCGCACUGGCUGUGGAGAAAGUGGGCCGCUCCAGCGUGCAUUACCGUCUGGCUCUGUUCCGACCCAAGUCCGCCCCAGCCCAGCCUGUAGUGGAGCACCAGGACCUCACCGAUGGCUUUUUCUCUGGCCACCCCAAGCUGGCACAGUUUGACACCCUCGCCUGUGCCACAGGAUCUGCAGUCCAUGUUUUUGUGAGUCCAGCCACGAGCAGGCCUGUGGGGCUCCCAGAUGAUUUCUGGAAGAGCCUCCUGAGGCUGAAAAAUCCCAUUGCUGUGUAAAUGUUUGUGCACGGAAGUGUACCUGUCAGAAUACAAUUUCUCUUAACAGUUUCCUUUGAACUUCUUAGCAUGAAUUUUUACUCAUAAAAUGACUGUUCCAUACAUGUUUUUCUAACCACUGUCAUGCAUCUCCUUGCAUCAGGCUUUGAGCAAGGGGCCUUCCACACUGGACCUCACAGAGUCCACAAAGACCCCAGAGAGGCGAGGAAUGCUCUCACCUCUUUCCAAAUGAAGAGGUAAAGGAAAUCAAUGGCGUGGAUGAAACUGCCCUGUAGUCACUGGAGAAUCUCUGAGUUUCCUUGGGUAUGCCUGCUGCACCCUCUUGAUCUCAGUAACUUAGUUAAGAGCACAGCUCUAAGUUUCCUGUGGUUUGGGAUCACUAAUUUGAUAGAUUCCAUAAAUAUCCUCUGCUUUUGACAGUGAAUCACACAUUCACCUUUUUUUUCCUUAACAACCUAGACUUGUAUGCUGUAAAACCACUUUUCAUGCAUUCACAACAAACCACUGACCAUUUUCUGGUGAACCCAUGGGCUGAAGACUGAUAAUAACUAUGAUUAAAUAAAACUUUUGAUAUAGAGACAAGUCCUUAACUUUGGUCCACACUUUGGUAUCAUAACAUUAAUGGUCAUCAUUGACCAAACACUGACUAUCUCAGUUAAGGAUUAAGUUAGUGUCAUCCUUUUUGCUCUUCCCUCGGUAAGUGUUAUGUUGCCACUACUCAGAUGAGCAUGUUGAGGUGUUUGGAAGUGGGGAAAAGAGAGCUAACCACAUCUGAGCCUCAGUGUUGUUCUUUGAACACACGAUCCUAAGUGACCUCUUCUACUUGGAUCCCUGAACAUUAUUUGAAUGUAUGGAGCCCUUAGAUCUGUG